AUGGAGCUGGCCGAAGUCAAGGAAGAAGCCAAGCGUGCCGCCUUUGCAGUGGCGCGCGGCGUGCGCGACCUCGGGCGCGCCUUCGACGCCGACACCGCUGCCACCACCAUCAACAGCGAAGUGGUGGCCGAAGCGGUAAAGGCCGCGCGCGAGGGGGUGCAGGGCCUGGUCCGCACCACGAUCGCCGUGCGCAACCAUCACAACGCCAUCACGGCCACCACCACCCAACUGCAGCCCGACCGGGAGCGACGGGUCAAGGAAGCCGAGGAGCAGGCCCAGAAGGUGGCGGGCGCGGCCCUGCGGCUGGCGACGGCUGCCCCGCGCGUAGCGGCCCUGGCCUCACUCGAUGCGCGACGAGAGGCGGCGGCGGCUGUGGAUCGUGUGCGCACGCAGCUCUUCGAGGACGUCAAGGCGCUACUCGGGCUCCUGCUCGCGCUCCUGCCACAACAGCAGAGCGAAGAGGGGGGCGGCGAUGUAGCGGGUGCGCUAGCAUCUUCAUCCAUCAUGUCCUCUUCAUCUUCUGCCACACCUACACGACAACUUCAACUCCAAGAGGAGGAGGAGGAGGGGCAGAGGAAGAAGAAGCUCAAGGAAAAAGAGGAGAAGGAGAAAGAAGAGGAAGUAGAGAGAAGGAGGAAGAAGGUGGAGGAGGCAGAGAGGGUGGACAGAGAGAUCAAAGAGAUGAAGCGGAUGAAGGAGAAGGAGGAAGAGGAGAAGAGAAAGAAGGAAACAGAGGCACAGAUGAAGGAGAAGGAGGAGAAGGAUAGGAAAGCCAAAGAAGCCAAGGAAGAGCAGGAGAAGCAAAAGGAAGAAGAUGCGAAGAGAAGACAACGACAACAAGAGCUCAAAGAGAAGGAGGAGCUCGAGAAGAAGAAGAAAGCCAUCGAAGAGCAGGAGAGGAAAGCCAAGGAAGACAUAGAAAGGGAGCAGCGGUUCAAGAGAGAGAAAGAAGAAGAAGAAGCGCGUGAACGAAAGGCCAACGAAGAAAAGGAGAAGAAGGAAAAGGAGGUGCGCGAGCGAAAGGCCAACGAGGAGAAGGAGCGACGGAGGCGCGAGCAGGACGAGCAAGAGCUGGAGUGCCAGGAGAGGCAGCGCGAGCAACAACAACAACAACAACUGGAGCUGGAGCAGCAGCAGAAGCUCAAGCAGCAGCAGCAGCAGCAGCAGCAACAGCAGCAACAGCAGCAACAGCCAAAGCCGCCGCAGGAGGAGAAGAAGGAGCCGACGAAGCCCAAGGCGGCGGCCGUGGUGUCAGGUCCCGAGAUCAAGGUGAUCGCCGUCGCCACCUUCCGUCCCGAGUUCGACGACGAGCUCGCCUUCGUGGAAGAUGACGUGUUUACGGUGUUUGCCGCCGUGGCCGAGGACGCGUCGAUCUGGUGGGGUCGGCAUCGGGGCAAAGAGGGAAUAUUCCCUAGCGAGUGUGUGGAUGUGCUCCAGGGCGAUCCCGACAAGCUGGCGCUCAAGAGCGUCGAGGAGGAGGACGCCGAAGCCGACGCCGACAACAGCGCCCACCAGCCAACCGACGCCGACAGCUUCGUUCCCCUCGCACUCUUGCUCCCGACGACGGAAGUGGGCGAGGGCGAGGUGCAGGUCAGGGCCGUGAGCGACUACAAGGGCGCCUCGGACGACGAGCUCAGCUUCGUGCGCGACGACGUGUUCCCCGUGACGGCCGUGCUGCGCGACGACGACCUCUACCUGUGGGGCAAGCUGCGCGGGCGGGUCGGGUACUUCCCGCGGCGCUGCGUGGUGGUGACGGCGGGCGACGUGGCGCUGCUGCCCGAGCGGGCCAUCGAAGAGGAGGAGCUGCGGCGGCAGCAGGAGAAGCUGCAGCGCAAGCUCGAGGCCAUGGAGAAGCAGCGACAGCGCCAGGAGGACGAACUCAAGAGCGCCAAGCGAGGCCCAGCUCGCGACGAAGACGACGACACCAAAAAAGUGACCGUGGACAGGGAGCAGCGGGUGGGGUGCAAGACGUGCGAGAGCGAGGUGGUGAUCAGGAAGGGCGUAAUGUUCGGGAUAUGCGAGGAAUGCGGGGCGCUGGUGCAGCGGGAGUGGCGUGAGGAGGACGCCGAGGCGCUCAAGCUGCAGGCGGCCCAGCGCGAGGCGGACGAGGCGGCCCACCGGGCGCGCGAGGAGGAGACCCGCAAGCUCAAGCGCGAAGAGUUCGAGAAGAAGAGAGAAGACGACGAAAAGAGAAAGCGAGAAGAGUGGGAUAGAAAGAAGCGCGAAGAAGAGGAAGAGCGAAAGCGACAGCUCGCCGCCACUCCCCCGCAGGCCACCACCGUCGCCGAUGACGUCAUCGUCACCUACGCCGACCAAGCUGACGCCGACAGCCAAGCACAACCGGAAGAAAAGACAAAGGCCAGGAAAUCGGCGCGUGAAAAGGAGGGCAGCUACAUCUUUGGCGGCCACCGGGUCGACGCCGCGCCGCCCAAGGUCAAGUUCGUGCAGGACAAGCAGCUCGUCACCAAGUCACCGCCGCCGUCGCCGUCGACAUCAUCAAUGACGACAGUCGUCGGCAGCCUCGCAUCGUCCGCUUCGACGCCGUCAGCGUCGUCGGCCCACGCGGCGCCGGCCAAGUGGGGCUCGACCAUCGUCCCGCCCACGACGUACGGGUCGGAGCCGACGAUGAAGAGCGCCAGCCCGCGCUCGCCGCGCGCGUCGGACUCGGCAUCGUCGUCAUCCUCGGGGUCGCCGGCCUCGUCGACGUCGUCAACGCCGCUGGCCUCACCGCGCGGCAAUGCGGCGGACGACCAGCCCAAGAAAGCGAAGACAAAGAAAGAAGCGAAGACAAAGAACGAAGCGAAAGCAAAGAAAGAGAAGAAGACGAAGAAGCAGCGCAGCGGCACCCUCAAGAGGCUCGGCAAGAAGGACAAAAAGAACGAAAGCGAAAAGGUUGCCGACAACAAGGAGGACAACAACAAAACGAAGACGGAGGCGACGAAGAAAAAGAAGACGAAAAAGACGAAGAAGACGAAGGAGCGCGAGCUGACCGAGCGGGAGGUCGAGAUGGCGCGCGAGCUGGCCGAGCUGAAGCAACAGCUGCUCGACGUGCAGACCCGGCUGGCCCAGAAGGAGGAAGAGGAGCGGCGCCGCCUCAACGAACGCCGCCAGUCCGUCGCCCUCACCACCGCCGCGACCGCCGCCUACGGCUCCUCCUCCUCCCUCCCGCAGGUGGUCGAUGUCGCCGCCGACCCGCGCAAGCUGCCCUCCACCUCCCAGCCGCCCAAACUCGGGCGGAGGGAGAGCCUGCUGCACCUCAAGCAGGUGCGGGAGAGCCAACAGCAACAACAGGAGGGGAGUGGCGUUGGGGCCGGGGCUGGCGGAGGCGGCGGGGCGUGGGGCAAGCACACGCUGCGGAAGAUCGACGGCCUGCAACGGACAGGAAGCGGGCGGUACAUCACCAGCGACGAAUAUGCCGACGAGGCCGCGCGGAAGCAGGAAGCCCUCCGCCGUGGCAUUGUACUCUAA